AUGGCUACCUUUAUUGCUCCUAAUGAAGUCUAUCCUGUUCAAGAUGCUGAGGCUCUCCACAAGGCUGUCAAAGGAUGGGGCGCCACUGAUGAGAAGGCACUAAUAGCAAUAUUGGGUCACAGAAAUUCAUUUCAAAUUCAGCAAAUCAGACAAGCUUAUGAAGAAAUUUAUGAAGAGAAUCUCAUCAAACGGCUUGAAUCUGAGCUCUUUGGUGACUUUGAAAGAGCUAUGCAUCGAUGGGUGUUGGAAUCAACAGAUCAAGAUGCAGUGUUGGCAAUUGUGGCAAUUAGGAAUAGCAAGAAUGUUGAUUACAGUGUCAUAGUGGAAAACGCUUGUAUUUAUUCUUCUGAAGAGCUCUUGGCUGUGAGACGAGCUUAUCACAAUCGUUAUAAGCGUUCUUUGGAUAAAGAUGUUGCUUCUCAUACAACUGGUUAUCUUCAUCAGCUUUUGGUGGGGUUGGUGAGCUCAUACAGGUUCGAAGGUGAUGAGAUGAAUGCAAGAAAUUGUUGGAUGAUGCCUCUGAUGAAUUCCUCAAGGCAGUGCACAGUGCCAUUCGUUGCAUCAGUGACCAUCAAAAGCACUAUGAAACGGUUCUGCAUAAUGCAAUUAAGAGGAUAGGGAAUUAUACGGAUGCAAUGACACGUGUCAUCGUGACAAGGCCUGAGAGGGAUUUGAGAGACAUAAAAGAUCUUUAUUACAAGAUGAACAGUGUGCAUUUGGAGCAUUCAGUGGCCAAGGAAGUUUCUGGAGAUUACAAGUUUCCGCUCACUCUUCUGGGACAAGAAUAAGAUUAAGUACUUCUUCGUUGAUCUUUUCUAAUCAAUGAAGCAACUUAUGAUGAAUAAUGAUCGAGUUCAUUAGUUCAUCUUGGUGUAUGUGGCGGUGCAUGUCAUAUUUCAUAUUUCCUCUAAAUUUGAG